GAGCAGCGGAACUUUCUGUCAGCGAUCGCCGUAGACCGGGGGUGCCCCACCGAACGGCAACGUCAUAACUUUAAAACAAUUUAUUUCUGGCUCUAACGCCAGUCCUCCUCCUCGUCACCCCCCUUCCCUCCCUCCCAACGCGUGUGCCCGGCCCGCCAUUUUAACCCCGGGACUAUUUUCCUCCUGAGGUUUUAUUUUCCAUUUGAACUCCCUCCCUCUUGGCAAACAUUUUUUCCCCCUCUAAACAUGGCUGACUGCGGGUACCUCCGUUUAUAUUGACCUGAAAGCACUUUUAUUCUUCCUUUUCUAUUUGGCAGGCAAAACUUCCAGGUGCUGCUAACAUGGCAGACACAGAUUUAUUUAUGGAGUGUGAGGAAGAGGAACUGGAGCCUUGGCAGCUCAUAGAGGAUGAUGUUGUGGACGACACAGGUGGUGGAAUGUUGCUGACAGCAUCCAACAAUGUUAAUACAGGAGUUAAAACUGGAUUUUCUGCCACAAGCAUUGCUGAUCAGAACAGUGAGGUGGGAAAGAAAGCAAUGUUGACUGUUCUCCCCUCUAACAACAACACUGGUGGUCCUCUGAUGAAUUCAGGCAAUCAGCCUUUGAUCGUAACACCUAAUCCAUCAGGCAUUAGUUCCCAAAUGUCAAUGCCAUCAAUGUACCAACCUGCUGCUGUGCAAGUGCUGCAGGAUCCAAAAACUGGAGUGACCAGCAGUGUGUCGGGGCAGCCCAUCUUGAUCACCACUCAAGGUUUUACAGUGAAAGACCUGAGGUCUGUACAGAAUCCGGUUGGUAUUGUACUCAAUGUACAGGGUGGUCAAGGAGCAGCCCCGUACCAAACUAAGCCCUUGACAUUAGUGCCAGGUAUGUGGAGCAAUGGACCAGCAGCUACACAGUUUGUCAAGUCAGCAGUGGGUGUUCCUCAGCUGUGGUCCCCCGUCACAUCUAUAAGACCUGCGACCAACACGUUCCCUGGCUCAGUCACCACAGUGAUUCCAGCUGCAGUGACCAUCAGGAGCACAGUGCCACCUGUCACUCAGAAAUCAGCAGCACAGACGAGUCCAACUCAGUCUCACCUGCAGCCCAAGUGUUUGACACAACCUAUGUCUUCCCCUCAACAGCCUCAGCCCCACUCUCAUGUUCAAACUCCAUCUCAGCCUCGCCCUCAGAUCCACAGCCACUCUCAACCCAACAUGUUGCACCAUCCACAUUCUCUUCAGCUUGCGAACCACGACCACAAGUUAGUUAACUUCCUCCAGAACACUAGCCUCAUUCGAGUGAAGACAUCAGAGUCCACAACUCCAGAAAUCAGGCCGAAGCCUGAAGAAGUGGUGAAGAGCAGCAUCCUUCCACCAGUGCAAAUCACCACAACCACAACUGCAGCCGCUCACAUGAUGCACAAGAACACACUAAACAAUACAACUCCUUUCAAAUUGCCUGAAAGCAAUAUUAACAAUGGAGUUCCCAUCCCAAAGGAUUGUCCUAAAUGCAACAUUCAUUUCAACAUUAUGGAGUCUCUAAGAGUUCACAUGGCUUACUGCUGUCCCCAGCUGCUGAAUUCUUCAACGCCCACCAAGAGCCCUCAGCCACAUCCAGCCCCGCCCCAACCUCAACCCCCACCCCCACCCCCACCUCCAACCCCACCAACAUCAACGCAACAGCCACCUGUCAAGCUUGCUGAGCCUAGCCAAGGCAAGCUCAUCAUGUUAGUGGAUGAUUUCUACUAUGGGAGAGAUGAAGGCAGCACCUAUCAGAUGCUUCAUGAAAUGAAGACCAGCACAACUUUCAGAUGCCUCAGCUGCCUGAAGCGACUGAAGAACAACAUCAGGUUUAUGAACCACAUGAAACAUCACUUAGAAUUGGAGCAGCAAAAUGAUGAGAGCAUUGAGAACCACACUACUUGCCAGCACUGUUUCCGCCAGUAUGCCACUCCUUUCCAGCUGCAGUGCCAUAUUGAGAAUGUGCACAGCCCCUACGAAACCACCACAAAGUGCAAGAUCUGUGAGCUGGCAUUUGAAACAGAACAACUUUUCCUGCAACACAUGAAGGAUACUCACAAACCAGGAGAAAUGCCGUAUGUCUGUCAGGUAUGCGAGUAUCGCUCGUCGGUAUAUUUGGAAGUGGAUAGCCAUUUUCGGAUGAUUCAUGAAGACACUAAGAAUUUGCUUUGCCCAUACUGUCUCAAAGUGCUAAAGAACAGUAAUGCCUACCAACAACACUACAUGAAGCAUCAGAAGAAAAUUGUAUAUCCCUGCAAUAAGUGCAGACUCCAGUUCAUCAGUGCCAAGGAGAAAAUGGAACACAAGGUUGAUCACCACAAGACAUUCAAGAAGCCAAAGCAGCUGGAAGGACUGCAGCCUGGUACCAAGGUUACAAUAAGGACUUCAAUGGGCCAAGCACGAGCAGCUGGAGGGCCCAAUCAGGAGGUCCCGGCCAGAAAAGUCUACCCUCCAGUUUUGAUUCCUAAAACACAGGAGUCCCCAACUUGCUCAACUGUUCACACUGUUACUUCGGUUGCCAAGCCUCCACUUAAACUGGACAAGAAGAAGUCUGUGGAAAGGAUGAUCACAUUAUUGGUUGACAUGCAGGAAAUCAGGAAGGUGCAUGGUAACCAGGUGUGCCUGGAGUGCAACUUCGACAUCACUAACAUCAACAACAUCAGCAACCACUUCCCCACAUACGUCCAUUGUUCCCGCUGUCGGUACAGCACCAGCUGCAGCCGGGCUUACGCUGACCACAUGAUCAGUUACCACACUCAACGAGGGAAACCAAAAUACUUGAUGUUUGGAAAAAUGAAAAAAAGUGGCGUUUUGCUGGCCUGCUCAUCCUGUACAUUUACUGUUGAUAAAGGUGAUGGGGACGAGAUGGCACAACACCUGGAUCUAAACCAAGAGCACGGUCCCUGCCGUUUUGUGACACUCACAGUGAACAAUCAGAAAAAAGGCUCUGAAAUGGCAGAGGAGACAGCACAAGAUUGGGAAUCAUGGCUUCCAACUGCUGAAGAUGAAAGCGAUGAAGAAGAGGAGAAAGAUGAUGUUCAGGAGUCCAGCGCUGUAGAAAAAACAGAAGAAAGUUCAGGUCCAGCCACCUCUGAAGUGAAGGGUCCUGUUGUCAAGACUCAGGAAGUUACAACUGUAAGGCUCAGCACAGUCUGCUCAACUAACUAUAUUAAUGCAAGGGUUAGUUCCCGUUCAGAUGUUGAAAGCUCACCACCGUCACCUCCACCUCUACCUCCACCUCCAUCUCCACCUCCAACUGCUUCCAGUAAUGACAAAAGUGUUUUGUGUGCAGUACCAAUCAAUCAAGUUACAAAGCCACCUACGAGUCCCAUCUACAUCGAAGACGACAAGAAGAGUUUGAGUCCGAUAAUUGUGGAGGAGAAGCAAGAAAGUUCAAGCCUAGUUCUCCUGGAAGAGAGGAAGAAUUUGAGUCCAAUCAGUGUUGAAGAGGAAAGAAGGAACUUGAGUCCAGUAUCUGUUGAGGAGAACAGCAAUGAUUUAAGUCCUGAACACCACCAGAGCAACAAGGAUUUGUCACAGAAAGAUGUUGAACCUGAGAUUGAGCAGGAAGAUCUGCCCUCUAAUGGAAGACCCCUGUCUGAGCAUGAGUUAAGGGUGGUGCUGCAUGCCUUGUGCUGCGGUAUGCAGGCUGCAUUGGAGCAUUAUGCCAGCUCUCGGAGUCAGGUGGAGCAGUGGCUGAACGAGUGUGCCCAGCAACUUGACCUGCUGAAUGCUGCCAGUGACACCAAACCCCCUCUUCUGUGCAUGGAGGCUGAGGAACAGCUGGUUGAGUGGGUCCUGGUGCAGAGGGAGCAGCAGCUGCCCCUCACUGAAGAAACCUUCCUCCAGAAGCUGUUCGGGCUGCUAGGUCCUGAGGACCACCAACUGGCAGAAACUUGCCUGUGGGCAGUUGGGUUCUUUCUGCGGCACAACCUUCUGGCCUAUGCCAAGGUCACGGUGGAGCACAGAUUGCCAAAAGAAAUGGAGGGAGACGUCCAGACUUUGCUUGAGUUUGCUCAACGACAGAUAAACAUGAGAGACUUCCCACGCCGGAUGAUAGCCAACAUGGACGAAAUCCCAAUAUUCCUCGACCCGGAGUCGCUCCACAGGCCCGAUGGCGCACUGGGUAGCCUAGGGCUGAUGGGGACUGGGCAGCCACAGUUUGUGGUGGUCUUCACCAUCUUGGCAGAUGGGAGCCUGCUGCCCACCAUGGUCUUCUCCCGGGGCGGACUACCAUCCUGGCUGAAGGUACCCAGCGACAUUCUCCUCGAGGUAAAAACAAGCGGGCACAGUGAAGACGAAAUCUUAAAACUCUGGCUGGCCAAAGUGUGGCAGAGGCAUGUGUCUACGCGGCAUGGCCGGAGCGUGCUGGUACUGGACCGCUUCCGCGGCCAUCUGUCAGACAAUUUCAUUGAUGGGCUAAGUCGCUGUAACUCCCUGCCCCUGGUCAUUCCAAGGGGCUGCACCUCCAGAAUACAGCCCCUUGACAUGUGCAUCAGCCAAACUUUCAGAAACUUCUUGCAAAAAAGAUGGGCCGAGUACCUGAGGGAAGCCAAAUGCUAUCGGGACGUGUACGGCGAUGUGCUGCAGACCCUGCUCAACUGGGUGGCGGAGGCGGUUGAGUUUGUAGGCUCCAACUCUGGAGUGGUACAGCAAUCCUUCCUGUUAGCUGGCCUGCUUUCAGCACCUGGAGGGCAGCCCAGCACCCAACGGCACAAGGUUGAGGUCCAGGAGGAACUGGUGAGCUUCCUGCAGGAGCAGCUGGAACUGAGUGGGAAGCUGGAUGAGAGUGAGGAGGAAGCCCCCACGGCACCCCUCGACCCCAGGCUGCUGACCAAGCUGUUCGAGGCAGACAGUGACACGGAGUCUUUCUACGGGUUCCGCGAGAAUGAUUUGUAAAUAUCGCAAGUUUGCUGUUACCAUUGUUUUUUGUGAGGAGGGCAAGAGGUUUAGAUUGGCAGGAGUGCACACUGUGGCAGAUGCCCUGGAGUCUGUGCUCAUGUGCAGAGAGUGGGAAGGAGGCAAGACUAAAGCCACCGAGAACCAGAAUAUGCUGAUCUUGUAAAUUGCCCCAUGCCCGUCUCUGCAUAGCACUGGUUAUGCCAGCCAGAUCCUCUGCCACUGAUGGGGGAGGUGUCAAGAGGCAGUGCAUCCUCACCUACACCCUCCCUCUCCAGUCUGUAAUCCAAAAGUGGUCAUCUGGGCGCGCCAAUGAGGGCAAGAAAUGUUUUAUGUAAAACAGCUGCGCACUCCUAAAUUUGGUGUGAAUUUCCUGCCUCUCCAAUGGAGGCCUGUGAUUUCAAAAAGUGUAGCAUCUCCACAGGCGUACUGGAGAACACUAGAGUGUCACAUGGUCGCACAAAGCUUUCACCAAUGGAAGUAUCUAGACUUGUUUUCUUUGCAGGGGUAGAGAAAUACCCCUCUGAUUUUUUUUAAUCUGAUUUUAUCUUGGCCCUAGCUGCUCUUUGAUCCUGGAUGAUGCACGCUCAAAUUUCCCUGUCACAAACGGAUGGCAUCAGCAGCUGGAGGUAUCUUGCAUCACAGGAGGGGGCAAGGGAGCAUGGUGGUGCAGUACUGGGCUAGGGGCAUGAGUUGACUGGUUUGGUGCCACCACUAGUGGGGGCUAGUACACCGGAGCUGCUGUGGCUGAGAUAAGAGCCCCCUCUCCCCCCCCCCCCCAACCUUCUUCCAGUGGGCAUCACUGCCUUUCAUGGUCCAGACUUGGGCCUAACUGCCCAUUUGAGGUCAAAGGGUAAAAGUGAAGGGUUAGAAUGUGAAGAAAGAAGAUUGUGCUCCUAUAACUCUGGCAGAUCUUUCAGGCAGCACAGGUCACCACCAGCAUUUAAAGUGAUAUCCUCGCUACAGGCCUGUACCGUGAGAAAUGCCUCAUUCAUAUAAAGACCUAUUGCUGAUUCCUUCUGGCCUGGUUAUAGCAGCUUGCAGUUUCAAACUUGCUGCACCACGAUUCCACCAGAGCAGUGGAAGUGGAAUUCGGUUGUAAAAUAGUUUCCAGUAUGAUUCCUUCCAUUUCCUCCUUUCCUUGUUCCCAUGACUUCAUUUGCCCUGGAACAUUUGACCACUGGCCUGGAGGCCAGCCCAUGGGUGCCUGGCUCACAGUUGUCUUUCUGCACCCAGUUACCAUGUCUGGUGACUGAUUUGCUGUUGACCAUGGUGGGCAUUAUGUGCUGAAUGCCUACUGAUAUAUCCUGCCUCUGAACAUCAAAGCUGAAGCUUGAUGACCUAUGUGGCCAUUUACCAGGACUUAAGCAAGGUGCUCCCCCAUAAUUAUUAGCUGAUUGACAAAUAAGAGCAAAGCCUGUUUUUCUCUAAUGGUACUGCUGCCAAAUUUUGAAUGUGUAGAUGGCUCAGUCAAUUACAACCCUGGUUCCCUCAAUCAGAUCCCAGCUACCGGAAUGGAGUUCUGUGCAAAAACCCAACGCUAGAAUUUGGGAAAAGAUACACCUAUAUUUCAUUUGAGCCAAAAGCUUGGAUGGAGACUGUUCCAUAAUUGGGAUGUUGAAGACUUGAAGUAUCACGUGGGCAAGUGUCUCUUCUGCUACGUAGAUCUGAGGAGUCCUAGUAUGUCCAGCCCUCCUGAUGGGUGGAGUUAGAGGGUGGCUCUCUGGAGAACAGGUGAUGUUUGUUACUGUGCUGGGUUUUCUGACUUGAGCUGAUUCAGGUUUACAAGAACCUCAUAGAAACCACCAGCCCAUUUCAUCCUGAGGCCAACAUACUGUUUGACUCCCACAAUUUUACCCUUCCCACCAGCCAAGAAGAGACGAAGGCCAAGCUUCCAGUCUUGUACAUGCUCAAAUUUGUAAUCUAGAGUAGGGUUUGGUGUGAUAUCAAUCACAGUCAGCAGUCACUUAGCUUGGAUAUGAAAGUACAUUUUUGGGAAUGGGUGAAAGGAUGUGUGGCUGGGGUAUAGCACCUGUGGCUGCCUCUUCAGCUCAAGUUUACUUUGAUGGAAAUGGUGCAAGGGAACAGCUAAAGAAUGAAAUUUAGCUCUUUAAAAAAACAAUAUGAGGGGAACUGCCUAAACUACUGUUAUUUUGACUGGAUACAGUCAGUAUUGUACUGUAACUUGAGUUUUUUAAAGAGAUGUUGAGGUUUCAGCUCUUUGUGCAUUGGAGUUGACUUAAAUACUUCUUCACUCUGAUGCAAAGGCAGAAGGAAAUGCUGACUUGUCUCCCUUAUGCACAGCCUAACCAUAACUUCAUAAUGGUGAUUCAGGGGGUCUCUCAUCUUGACUCCAGUGACUGCUUUGCAGCCAGGAUUUCCACACAGUUCUGCCCUCCUGGUGAAGGUGACACAAUUGCAAAUACAGAUUACAGUGUAGUUUCAGAUGUCAGACAGAUUCAUGUAUAAACUGUACUUGGAUCAGCUCCAACCAGUAUAUGAGGUGAUUUCACAGAGGAGCUGGAUUUUAGGGUGCAGCCCAUAAAUGUAGCAAUACCGUAUUUUCCUAAAGCAGAUGUUCUAUGAGUGUAUAAUGUAUUUUUAAUCUCUGCUCAGUUAUUUUGCCACAGUUGUAUAUAAUUGAUGUAUAUAAUCAGUUUUACCUGUUUAGUUACAUUUUUAUUAAAUGGGUCAGGUACCUCGGCCAUGCAGACUGUGUUCCACCUGUCAGUCGGACCAGAGGGUGACUAAGCCUGUGUUAUGGUUGGCUGGUAGGGUAUUUGAAAAUGUACAUGAGAUAUAGGCUGGGAACAUUUUGGCAAAUGGAAGAGUUAGGGCAAAAGCAGGAGGACAACUAAAUCCCAUGUUGGAUCAGAGAACUUUCCAGGAAAAUAAACUCUGUUAGGUUCAGUUAGAAUGCUUUUUCUGGAGAUCUGACCAGCUCCACACCUGCUGAAUCUUCUGUGAUGUCUGUCUAGAUGUACCACAGGGAGGGUGAGAGGGAAGAGAACAGAAUAAAGAAGGUGUUAUAUUAAACAUUCCCUUCUGUUCUAUGGGCACUUGACGCCCAGUCUGAGGUGAUAAACUUCCCCUGAUGACAUAACAGGGUGUGAAUAAUCUGGGGCUCUGAUUCAGACCUAGAAUUGUGUCCACAUUGCUUUAGCACACCCAGCGUCACUGUUUUUGGUACCCUUGUUUUUCAUUCUUUCUCUGCUAACUUGAAAUGCACUACCAGAAAGAACGCUCAAAGAAGAAAAUCAGCCCAUUGCAUAUUGAAAAUAGAAAUAUUUGCACUAAGGCAGGAAGAAUUGACCAUGACCUCAAAAUAGUCUUAACUCAUUUGUUAAGAGAGGUGCGUAAUUAACUUGCAGCAUGUUUGAGUGCCCUCCUUGCUUUGAUAUUUAAAGAUGAUGUGCAUUUACUUUCUCUAGUUAAGUCUUGGCUAACACAUGGCAAAUUCCACCACUUUUUCAAACAUACACUUCAGAUUGUAGCUUGAAAAAAAAUUUAAGUAUUUUCAUCUUAAAGAUUUUUGAUCCAAAAAAGUCCUUAUU